AUGAAAGUAGCAAAGAAAGUAGAUGGACAAAAAAGUCAACAACUUGAGCUUUCUUUCGUUGAUCUUCCACCGGAAAUCAUGGCACAUAUUCUAAUAAGACUUCCCAUUAAGUCUAUUCUGGUUUGUAAAUUUCUUUGCAAAAGGCUGAACUCUCUUAUUUCAGACCCACAUUUUGCCAAGUUACACUCUAAGCAUGCAUCAACUGGUUUCAUGAUUGGGACCUAUGAUCCAAGCCUAAAUUCAAGAUUUGUGCACCUUCUUGAGUAUGAGCCUGAAAAGUUUGACAAUAAUGAUGGUAGCCAAUGUUGUUACUGUGAGGAUGACUUUAUCAAACCAGAAUGCAACAACCAUGUAAAGCUCGAGACUAAACUCAAGCUUCAUAUUCAUGGUGGAAACUCAAUUUUGGACAAAAUAAUUGGUCUGAAUAGUGAUGCUAGAAAAAGGCCUUAUGCUGAGUACGAGCCAAACUAUGAUAAGUUUAUGGUGGUUAAUUCUUGUAAUGGUUUUCUUUGCUUGUGUGAUCGGGUCAAAGACUAUUUUGUUGUUUGCAACCCAGUUAUAAGUGAGUUCAUCAGACUUCCAGAAGCUACCAAAAUGGAUGAAACUAAAUUCUGCCACCAAUUUGUAUAUUCCGGUUUCGGUUUCAAUCCCAAAACUAAUGAAUAUAAGGUUGUGAGAGUAUUACAUAGACAUCAAAGUUGGCGUGAUCGUAAGAGUAUUAUGAUUGUUGAUAUGUACACAUUAGGAACAUCAAAAUGGAGGAAUGUUGAAGUUAAUCUUGAGCAUGUCUUCGAUCUUCUAUUUCCCACUUGUAUGAAUGGGGCACUUCAUUGGAUCUGUACUCAGAAUAGCAAAGGGUCACUAUUGUGUUUCAACUUUGAAAGUGAUGAGUUCCAUUCUUUCCCUUCUCCUCCGGGUGUAUUCAAGGAAGGAUAUGGUACAUAUAAUAUCAGCAUGGGAGAUUUAGGGGGAUUUCUUUACAUAUGUGAUUCAUCAUCUCUAGACACUCCUGUUACAAUGUGGAUUAUGAAGAAAUAUGGCAUUGGAGAAUCAUGGACUAAGGUUUUCAGUAUUGAUACAUUGAACAAAAAGUGUUGGCCAUAUGGUGGUUUAUAUUGGCCAGCAAAACACUUCAAUGAUGGUGCUGCUAUAUUGAUGUGUCAUUCCUCCAUGGUCUUUAUCUAUUAUGAACCAAAAAAAUGUGUAUCCAAAUUCUUCAAGGUACGUGGGACACAAUCAAGAGGGUUGGAGGUAAUUUCACAUAUUCCUAGUUUCAUCUCACUCAAGACUGUUGUGAAUGGAAACAAUAUCAGACUGUUAGAUGCUAACUCACGGUAA